AUGGACGUGGACAUGGACAUGGACGUGGACGUGGACGUGGACGUGGACGUGGACGUGGACGUGGACGUGGACGUGGACAUGGACGUGGACGUGGACCUGGACGUGGACGUCGACGUGGACGUGGACGUGGACAUGGACGUGGACGUGGACGUGGACGUGGACGUGGACAUGGACGUAGACGUGGACGUGGACGUGGACGUGGACGUGGACAUGGACGUGGACGUGGACGUGGAGGACGUGGACGUGGACGUGGAGGACGUGGACGUGGACGUGGACGUGGACGUGGACGUGGAGGACUUGGACGUGGACAUGGACGUGAACGUGGACGUGGAGGACUUGGACGUGGACAUGGACGUGGACGUGGACGUGGAGUGGACGUGGACGUGGACAUGGACGUGGACGUGGACGUGGCGUGGACGUGGACGUGGACGUGGACGGGACGUGGACGUGGACCUGGACGUGGACGUGGACGUGGACGUGGACGUGGACCUGGACGUGGACGUGGCCGUGGACCUGGACGUGGACGUGGACGUGGACGUGGACGUGGACGUGGAGGACGUGGACGUGGAGGACGUGGACGUGGACGUGGACGUGGACGUGAACGUGGACGUGGACGUGGACGUGGACGUGGAGGACUUGGACGUGGACGUGGACGUGGAGGUGGACGUGGACGUGGACGUGGACGUGGACGUGGACAUGGACGUGGACGUGGACGUGGACGUGGACCUGGUCGUGGACGUGGACGUGGACGUGGACGUGAACAUGGACGUGGACGUGGACAUGGUCGUGGACGUGGACGUGGACGUGGACGUGGACAUGGACGUGGACGUGGAGGUGGACGUGGAGGUGGACGUGGACGUGGACGUGGACGUGGACGUGGACAUGGACGUGGACAUGGACGUGGACCUGGACGUGGGCGUGGACGUGGACGUGGACGUGGAGAUGGACGUGGACGUGGACGUGGAGGACUUGGACGUGGAGAUGGACGUUAAAGUGGACGUGGACGUGGACAUGGACGUGGACGUGGACAUGGACGUGGACGUGGACGUGGACAUGGACGUGGACAUGUACGUGGACGUCGACGUGGAAGUGGACGUGGACGUGGAGAACUUGGACGUGGACAUGGACGUGGACAUGGACGUGGACGUGGACGUGGAUGAAGACAUGGUCGUAGAUGUGGAGGUGGACGUGGACGUGGACGUGGACGUGGACAUGGACUUAGACGUGGACGUGGACGUGGACGUGGACGUGGACGUGGACGUGGACGUGGUCGUGGACGUGGACGUGGUCUUGGACAUAGACGUGGACGUGGACAUGUACGUGGACGUGGACGUGGACGUAGACAUGGACGUGGACCUGGACGUGGACGAGGACGUGGACGUGGACAUGGACGUGGACGUGGACGUAGACAGGGACAUGGACUUGGACAUGGACGUGGACAUGGACGUGGACGUGGACAUGGACAUGGACAUGGACGCGGACGUGAACGUGGACGUGGACAUAGACGUGGACGUGGACGUGGACAUGGACAUGGACACGUCCACGUCCAUGUCCACAUCCACGUCCAUGUCCACGUCCACGUCCAUGUCCACGUCCAUGUCCAUGUCCAUGUACACGUCCACGUCCACGUCCACGUCCAUGUCAUUUGCACUCUAA